AUGCAUGGCCUGGAGAAUUCAGGGACCAAGCCCAAAAUUCGGGAAGGUGAAUUCAUGAUCCCGAGGACACCGCGAACUGUUGUUUUUGCACGAGUCUUUGCUGCGCAACGAACCCCACGAACACCGAAGCACCAGGACCACGAGACGGCGCAGGACGAGUCCCAGCUUUGCCUUUUGGACACGGCUUGCACCAGCUGUUUGCACUCUCGUCGGUGGAGGGCCGCUUUUGAACGUUGGCUCUUCGAGGGUGUGACCUGCAGCCCGACCGGCCAGACCAAGAACUUCCACUUUGCCAACGGCCAGUCGGAGAGCGAGCUCACGGUCUGGAAGGUGCCGGUGUAUCUGAACAACAUAUACGGCGAGAUUUUCUCAGCCGAGCUCCCAGAGGGGAGCACACCUCUUCUGUUGUCGUUGCCGACUAUGACCGCACUGGGGAUGGUCCUCGACCUUGCGGGCGGCAAGGUGAUGGUCUCGGCUUUGGGCAUCGAGAUGGAAUUCGUGCAGACCGCGACCAGGCACAUAUCCAUCAAGGCCACCUACGAUCCUACAAGACCACUGGCCCAGCCGAAGGGGAGCAAAGAGGAACCCGACAUCACCACCGACGACCUCAUUAUCUACUACCUCGCGGAAGGGGAGCUACCGCUUCUACAUGAGAUGAGCUUCGCGGCUUUGGGCCCAGAGAGGUCCAACGGGCCGGCCCCCGACCUCGGGAACAGAGGUGUUACAACAAAGGACCGCACGGCCGUACUUCCAGAGCGCAGAGCGAGGGAGUUGAACCACAAGUGCAAGAAACAAGCGGCCGAGGAUAAACGAAGCUGGGCCGCGCUUAAGUGCAACUUCACUCUGGCCGAGCAAUGGUGCAGCCGGGACUUCCUCGACACCAUGCUCUUCGAGCCUUUUGGCAGAACGUGCCCUACCACAACCACGGCCACGAGGGAGCACAGCUGGACAUGCAGCCGGCCCUUGGAGCAGGACGGCUGUGACUUGCUGUCGGCAGGUUGCUUGGACGCAGCUCGGAGAACACUUCGCGAGCACAGGCCCUACCUGGUACUUGCCCCCUUUUACAGUCGACUUUGGGCAGUUCUGGGCGAUGGGAACCCGGCGCCGCAGAAGCUGGGCCGUCGAAUUGGAAAGUUCCUUGUGCUUUUGGCCCGCGAGCAACACCGCUGGGGGAGAUAUUACCUCUUCCAAGCGCCACCGGCCGAGUUUUCUUGGAUCUUCGACAAGGUCGUGGGCACGUUGACCGUGGAGGCUGGGGGGAAGUUCACCUAUGGGGACCAGUGUGCCUAUGGGCUGCGGGGGCUAGCCGGGAAAGCCCCGGAACAACGAAGGACAGGGUGGCUGUCCAACAGCGAGAUUUUGCUCAACUACCUUGGCCGGCGCUGCCAGCGCCCACCGGCCACGCAUGGGACACAAAGCCGGUCUCCCAACAGCCUCCCUCCGGGACUCUGCCGGGCAAUUUGCCACGGCACCAAGGCAAGCAUGAACUUGGACUAUGCCAUCAGCAUGGCCUACCGAGACGGCAAGCACGCCUUUGCCGGGGACAAUGUGGACUCCGACGGGGACGCAGAGAUGGGGGAGUACGAGGACGACAGCCCCGAGGAAGAACCGUGGGAGGACGAAUGGCAAUUCGUUGGAGAAGACCGCCUGCUACGAGUUCACCGAGUUCUUCGGCAACGUCUUUUCCUACCUUUGUCUACGACGGCCCCUCCGGUUCCACUUCCCCGGCUGCAACCGACACGGAGAACAACGAUGAGGCUACAAGACGGCACCCACCGAACUGUGGAGGAUAGCUGGCAGCACGGCAGAAUCGAGCAAAGAAUGGAUUUCUCCUGGACGGGGACCACCGAGUUCUACCUCUACCCUCCGAGAGCAGGACAGGCACAUGAAGAACCACAAGAACCACAACAAGAAUCACGAGAUCACCGGGUUUCUUCCGAUAUAGGUUCCGAAUAUGCGCCGUCUUUACCAGAACCUUCUCCACUACAACCUCCAGAGGCAGAGCCUCUUCCCUUUGACUUCGACCCACAGGCUUCAGCAGUUCCUGUAGAUUCAGAUCAGGAACAGGCAGAUGAAGAACCGCAAGAACCACCACAAGAAUCACGAGAUCACCGGGUCCUUAGGCGAGGCGGUCGCCGCCAGAGACAGUUGCAGAGGGGGUUUUGGCAAGAGUGCAAUGACGAGGCAGUGCUCGAUUUACUUGAGUCAACAGCAGAGCACCUUCGUGAGAGUGGGGCCGGUGUCUGGUAUCGUCUGGGAACAGACAGCGAUCUAGGACGAGCCUGGGUUUCCUUGGAGAGCGGGCAAGCCGAUGUCACCUUGAUCCUUUGCUCGCUCUCGGCCAAGAGGAUGAAGAAGCCACAGCCUCACGCGGGACCAUUGGAUGUGCCCAUCCGGAAGUCCUACCUCCUGCUGAAUGGCAACGAGACCCUCACGACAGACUGGGAGGAGUGGCACAGCAUGGCCCCUUCAGCUCAGGUGCGACCUCUUGUGGCACAAGGCCGGCUGCUCUACGUUGUCCUUUACGGCAAGGAGAUCGGUGAUGCACAGCGAGCUCCGGAGGGCAACCCGGGAGAGCGCCAGGAAGCAGCCGAGGAAAGCCGACAGAGAAAAUGGCAAGCUUUACCUCGCGAGCUGAAGUUGGCCAUCAAGCGGGUGCACAUCAACCUUGGACACGCGCCGAAGGAGACGAUGUUGAGAGCCCUCAGAAUUUCGAGAGCAUCCGAAACGGCUGUGAAAGCAUGCCGCCUCUUCAGGUGUGUGGACUGCCCUCGGCUGGCGGAGCCGAAGCAGCCGCGACCUAGUAAACUCCCAAUGGUGGAUGACUUUAACGUGCAAAUCGGGCUAGAUAUCUUCCAGGAGAAGGACGCCAAGGGUCACAGCUGGUCGUGGCUAAAUGUCUUUGAUCAGGGCACUCUCUUUCAAGUGUGCAGCCUCCUUGGCGAGACGCACGCGAACCCGACUUCGGCCGAGGUCCUGAAGGCUUUCACCACCUCCUGGGUCGACUGGGCUGGGUUCCCCGAACGUGGGGUGGUGACCGAUAGGGCAAAAUACUUUUUGGCAGACUAUGCAGAAGAGAUUGCCGAUCACGGGUGUCACUUCGACACAGCAGCCAAAGCUUCGCCCUGGCAGAUCGGACAAAUAGAGCGCCACGGAGGACUGUGGAAGGAGACCUUCCGGAAGCUUUGCUGGGACCAGCAAAUUUCGACUUUAGAAGAAGUCCUCUGGGCCACCUCGGCGACGAACCAGGCAAAGAACGCCCUGGUUCGGAAGUCUGGGUUCUCCCCGGCCCAGUGGGUCCUGGGGAAGGACAUACGUCUCCCUGCCUCUCUAGCCGACGAGGGAGAAGUGGAGAGAAUUGGUGCCCAAGCCCUGGCGGACACUCCUGGGACGAGGCUAUUAGACGAGCUGAACUUCGGCAAGUGCGCCCGAGCCGUGGCCCUUUCCCCGCGG